UUCUCUUUGAACUUGACACGUCUAAUUUUUGCCGAAAUUUUCUUCCUUCUUUUCACAAACGUCAAAUCGAUUUUCUCAUGCUUGGGUCGGUGUGGAAGUAUUUUCUACUAAAAUAGUUGCGAAAUAAUUGAUCUUGUAAGCCUACGAUACGAUUUGCAUCAUGUCUCGUUUCUUCGCCGGUGGCUCCGAGUCGGAUACCGAUAGCUCUUCGGAUAGUGAACCAGUUCAGCGACAGGCUGCGCCGCAAUUCACCUUUAGCGAUGAAGAAGAGGACGUCAAACGUGUUGUCCGUUCGACUAAGGAAAAACGAUACGAGGAUUUGUCCAACCUUAUCAAGAGUAUCCGCAAUUAUAAGAAGAUCAAAGAUAUGUCCAGUAUGCUAACCAGUUUUGAGGAUUUGACGAGAGCGUAUGCGAAGGCAUUGCCGGUUAUCACUAAGGUGGAGAACGGAAUCACGCCGCGCUUCAUAAUUCGUGCUUUGGCUGAGUUGGAAGACUUUAUCAAUGAUGUCUGGGACGACAGGGACGGUCGGAAGAACUUGUCCAAAAAUAAUUCAAAGUCGCUGGGGACGUUACGUCAAAAGUUCCGCAAAUAUAUCAAGGAAUUUGAAAGCGAUUUGAAAAAGUUCCGUGAGUCUCCGGAUGCUGCGGAUGAUGAUGAAGAAGAAGAAGAGAAGAAAGAUGAAGAAGAAUCGGAAGACGAACAGGUUGUGGCUCCAAUGGCCACGCGUGCGGUUACCUUUAAGAAGACCCUCGAGAAGGUCAAGGUCGAAAAGGACGAUGAUGAUUCGGACGACUCGAUUGACUGGGGAUCGGAUUCUGAGUCUGACGAGAGCUCUACCGAUGAGGAAACUCAAUACACCAGUAUUCGUGAACGUUUCUUGAAGCGCGCCGAUAAGGACGACGGUGAAGAUGGCGAGAAAAAGAAGGAAAAGAAAAAAGUCAGAGAAGCGAAGGAUAGUCAUAGCCGUAAGAGCAAGCGUGUUGAUGAUGAUGAUGAAGGAUGGGAGGUUGUCAAUGGAAAUCGAUCGGCUACUUCAGAGCAACCAAAAAUGUUUGCCAAGGAUGCGGAAAUCGAUGUGAAUUUGGUGAUUAAUAAAUUGAAUGAAGUGAUGGCUGCUCGAGGUAAAAAGAGAACCGACCGGAAGAUGCAAAUUGAAUUUUUGCGUGAAUUGCGUACGGUAGCAGAUGCUAAUAAUUUGGGGGCUGCUGUUGCUGCCAAGAUUCGUUUCAACAUUGUUUCGGCUAUCUUCGAUUACAAUCCAAAAGUUUCAGAACCGAUGAAGCUGGAACAUUGGUCAAAACUUCUCGAAGAAAUACAAGCACUUAUUAAAUUACUUCUUGCGAAUGAUGACAUUCAUCUCUCCGAAACAGUGUUAGAUGAAAACGAGGAAUAUGAAACUGCACCUUACAAAAUUCGUGGCUGUAUGUUGACGACUGUAGAGCGCUUAGAUGACGAGUUCACUAAACUACUUAAGGAAUGUGAUCCUCACAGUAAUGAUUAUGUGGAUCGUUUGAAAGAUGAAGUAACGGUGACUAGCGUUAUUGAAGAGGUAGUGAAGUACGUUGAACGUUUGGGAGAUGAGAUGGAAACGUGUAGAAUUUACUUGCGCAAGAUCGAUCAUUUGUAUUACAAGUUUGAUCCGAAUGUUUUGAAAAAGCGAAAGGGACAGUUACCAGCUAGCACUCAAACCUCGGUAGAUGAAAUGGAACGUGUAUGCCGUUUCAUCUAUGCCAAGGAUCAAACCGAUCGUCUCCGAACCCGUGCGAUUCUCUCGCACAUUUUCCAUCAUGCUCUGCACGACAAUUGGUUUCAGGCUCGUGAUUUGGUUUUAAUGUCCCAUCUGCAGGAAACUAUUCAUCAUUCCGAUCCACCCACACAAAUUCUCUACAAUCGGACAAUGGCCAAUCUAGGGCUGUGUGCUUUUCGCCAUGGAAAUGUCAAGGAUGCCCACCAGUGUUUGGUGGACCUCAUGAUGACUGGUAAACCGAAGGAAUUGCUCGCCCAAGGCUUAGUUCCGCAGCGUCAAAAUGAGCGUUCUUUGGAGCAGGAGAAGGUUGAGAAGCAACGUCAGAUGCCAUUCCAUAUGCACAUCAAUCUGGAACUGUUGGAAUGUGUAUACUUGGUUUCUGCUAUGUUACUAGAAAUUCCAUAUAUGGCCGCACAUGAGUUUGAUGCUCGUCGCCGUAUGAUUAGUAAAACUUUCUAUCAGCAGCUACGAUCUUCGGAACGGCAGUCAUUAGUAGGUCCUCCGGAAUCCAUGCGUGAGCAUGUUGUAGCAGCUGCAAAGGCUAUGCGUCAUGGUGAUUGGAAUGCAUGUGCAAACUUCAUUGUCAACAAAAAGAUGAACGUCAAAGUAUGGGAUCUAUUCUACGAAGCCGAUCGAGUUCGUGAAAUGCUGGCUAAAUUUAUUAAGGAGGAAUCGCUUCGUACAUAUCUUUUUACUUAUUCGAACGUUUACGCUUCCAUUAGCGUCCCUUAUCUGGCAGAAAUGUUUGAUUUGCCGAAGAGCAAGGUUCAUUCGUUAAUCAGCAAAAUGAUCAUUAAUGAGGAGUUGAUGGCUUCCCUUGAUGAUCCUACCGAAACCGUUGUCCUGCAUCGAUCGGAACCAUCACGCCUUCAAGCUUUGUCAAUGCAACUUUCCGAUAAAGUUACUAAUCUUGUGGAUUCCAACGAGCGCAUCUUUGAGAUGAAGCAGGGCAACUUCUUCCAGCGAGGCGGAAAUCAGGGAUAUAAUCGUGAUCGUCAGAACUAUCGCAACCAGAAUCAGAAUCAAAAUUGGAGCAACAACCGACGGCAGGAUAACCGUGGAAACCGUGGUAAUCGUAAUCAGAAUCAUCGAGAACAACGUGAGCAGCAUCAUCGUGUUGAAUUUAUUGAAGAUAAGGCAGAGUAAACGGCUUGAUCCAGCCGGGAUCACCACCCGAAGUAAAACUAGUAGUUUUGAUAGAAGUAUCGUACAUUAUCCGGCAACAAUUUUUUAAACAUAACAGCCAAUUUAUUCACACAAAGCUUCAAUAUCUUUCUUAGUAAUGAAAACAGUAAUAAACAAAUGUACUAUUCCCGAUCUGGGAGUGUUUUUUAUUAAAGCUCUUGGAUCGGGAAUAGCUACAUGAAAUCACGAUA